AUGCUGCUGGAAUUUUGCGCUUUAUUUGUGGUUAUCCUAGUGCUGGCCUAUCGCUGGUCUGUGUCCACACAUGGCUUCUUCAAGGAGCGUGGCAUUCCCUGCGAUAACCCAUACCCAUUUUUGGGCAGCACUGGCAAAAUGUUUAUAGUGAGACAAUCGAUGUUUGAUCUGAUUGUUGAGCUAUACAACAAGGGCGAGGGCAAAGUGUUUGGCAUAUUUGAGAAUCGUAAGCCGCUGCUAAUGAUACGGGACCCGGAGCUAAUCAAGCAAAUUACCAUAAAAGAUUUUGAUCAUUUUAUCAAUCAUCGCAAUAUUUUUGGCAAUGACGAGGAGCAUGCUCAACAUAUGGACAAUUUAUUUGGCAGCUCACUGUUCUCUAUGCGUGAUGCACGUUGGAAGGAUAUGCGCAGCACACUGAGUCCUGCGUUCACAGGCAGUAAAAUGCGUCAAAUGUUUCAGCUUAUGGACAUAGUAGCUAAGGAGGCAGUAGAUUGCCUAAAGCGGGAUAAGUUGCCAGCUGAUGGCUUUGAUUUGGAUCUGAAGGACUAUUGCACGCGUUUCACCAACGAUGUGAUUGCUUCAACUGCAUUUGGCUUGCAAGUGAAUUCGUUUAAGGAGCGUAACAAUAAAUUCUAUCUUAUGGGCAAGAAGCUGACUACUUUUAACACCUGGCUAAACAUUAAAUUUCUGUUGUUUACAACCAUGAAAUGGGUAUUGGAUCUAUUCAAAAUUUCGCUUUUUGAUAAGAAAAGCACAGAGUACUUGGUCAGUCUGGUGCUGGAUGCCAUGAAAUAUCGUCAGGAGCAUAACAUUAUACGCCCGGAUAUGAUAAAUAUGCUUAUGGAAGCACGCGGCAUGUUGCCCACAGAUAAGCCCAAGCCAGCUUCAAAUCGCGAAUGGAGCGAUCGUGAUAUUGUUGCUCAAUGUUUUGUUUUCUUCUUUGCGGGCUUUGAGACCACUGCUGUGCUCAUGUGCUUUACUGCCCAUGAGAUUAUGGAGAAUGAGGAUGUGCAACAGCGUUUGUUUGAGGAGAUUGAAGGGGUGGAGAACCAGCUGGAGGAUGGUCAGCUAACUUAUGAGGCACUGCAGGGCAUGAAGUAUUUGGAUCAAGUUGUUUCCGAAGUGCUACGCAAGUGGCCAGCUGCAAUUGCCAUUGAUCGCGAGUGCAACAAGGAUAUUACCUAUGAAGUUGAUGGCAAGAGCAUAGAAAUUAAGAAGGGCGAGGCUGUCUGGUUGCCGGUCUGUGGCUUCCAUCGCGAUCCCAAAUACUUUGAAAAUCCUGAAAAGUUUGAUCCCGAACGCUUCAGCGAUGAGAACAAAGACAAAAUCAAACCAUUCACGUAUUAUCCAUUUGGCUUGGGCCAGCGUAAUUGCAUAGGCUCCCGUUUUGCUUUGCUUGAGGCUAAGGCUAUUAUUUUCUAUAUGCUGCGUGAAUAUCGUAUUGAGGCUGCCAAGAAGAGUUGUAUACCCUUGAAGCUCAAAUCAUCUGGCUUUCAGCUAGUACCUAAGAAUGGUUUCUGGAUUAAGCUGGUGCAACGCAAUUGAAGAAGUUAUAUUUUAAAUAUAUUGUUAUUGUUGAGAUUA